AUUUAUGAAUGUUGAUUUUGUUGGGAAUUUGCUUUGCUUGAGUCUUUUUAAUAAUAUUUAAAUUAUGAUGUCCUAUUAAUUUAAAAAUGGAAGAAGUAAAAAAUGAAACCGUCGACCUUUCGAGGCGUGGGUUGAAGAAAAUAGAGAAAGCGCCCGCAGAGGAAUCCAAGACGAUUAUUAAUUUAAUUCUCGACCAAAAUGAAUUGCAGAGACUAGAUAAUAUCGACACAUAUAAUCGUGUCGAAAACUUAUCAAUUUGCAACAAUUUCCUGUUACGCAUGCAUGGCGUGUCCCGGUUGACGAACAUUCGAAUCCUAGCUUUGAAUAACAACGGUAUACUGCAGAUAGAGGGUCUCAAAGACCUGAUUUAUUUAAAAGUACUGAAGCUAGCGGGUAACAAUAUAAAAUCGAUAGAACAUUUGAAUCACAAUAUGCACUUGGAACACUUAGAUUUGUCCAACAAUCAAAUAUCUUUCAUAGCUGAUAUUUCUUACUUGAAGAGUUUGAAGCACUUAAAUCUAGAAAGAAACAGGAUAUCUGAUCUGCGGCAGUGUGAUCGCUACCUUCCAUCACAUUUGGAACACUUGGGACUUGCUCAUAAUAGUAUUCAGGAUUUGAAUGAGAUUAGUCACUUGGUACACUUGAACAAACUCGAGAGCUUUUCAAUACAAGGCAAUCCAUGUGUCGCCAUGGCUGGCAAAGACAAGUUAGGUUUCGAUUACAGACCGUUUGUCCUCAACUGGAUAAUGAGUGUGAAGUCUAUUGAUGGCUUUGUCGUCAGCGCUAUAGAGAGUUUGAAAGCGGAGUGGUUGUACAGCCAAGGCAAGGGGCGACACUUCCACGCUGGGCAACACCAAGAGUUGUGCGAGUACCUAGCGUCUACCUGUCCCCUCACAGCCGACGCUUUGGAAACGGAAGACCAGAGAAAACUACGUCUUAUAUUAAGCAAAGCGCAACAUCACCAGCAGCAGUUGAAAGACCAGACGCACAGUCCAUUGAAACCAAAAUUGCAGUCUCCGAGAAUGCAAUCUCGGAUAUCCACGCCGCGACACAUGGGUCGAUCGCCCGACCGGCUCACUUCAAGUUACCAUGCAGCUUUGACCAAGUCCUCGUCUCCCUCACAUCAAAUGUCUUCCUCACUCUGUGGAGACUUGCCCGGCAUUCCCACCGCCAUGAGCCAGAGCUUCGACUCGCCCGGCAUCAUGUACGCAACGGAAAAAAGAGACGGCACUAGAGAAAAGGAAAAAGAAAAAGUUCAAGAAAUACCCCAACCAAAGCCAGUAAAUCAUUCAUUAGAAGCUGCAUCGAAAAUGGUGCCUGUACCUGAAUCUCUUAUGAGUCCUGACUAUCAGGACCCGAUUUACGAUAUCCAAAGAUCGAUACCAAAGCCCAGUAACAACUCAGUACAUAGUGUUUCCAACACCUCCUCGCAGUCGAGCAACAGUAGUAUCCACGAGGACAAACCGAGGCAUGCGAAGAACAUGAAAGGGUCCCCGAAAUUACCAAAAAGCGCUACUUCAUCGCCCAAACUUAAAACUAGAAUGGAGCAAAGAAAAGGUAGUUUAUCAAAAAUUGAAGUAAAGAAUGAGGAAAAGAAACUGAAUGGGAUUACGAAUGAGUCGGAGCAAGUCGGCGCAGACAUGAUGAAGUUACCCUCGAAUCAAAGGCGGCAGAAGAAGAUGAGUGUCGAGUCAAUGGCCGCCGUUACUAUACAGAAGAUGUGGAGGGGAUACAGAAGCAGAAACCUGAACAAGGACACGCUCAGGAUAUUGCACGCUAUACAAGCGGCGAGGGCUCGACAACAUAUACAAAGGUUGACAUGCGACAUGGAAGCUACGAAAGCCGCGUUGGAGUCUGAGCGAAAAAUUCAACAGCUUCAGAUGCAAGCUAUUAACGCUUUGUGGAAGAAGGUCUCCACCUUACAAGCAGCUGAUAACCAGAAGCAGCGAUUAUCAGAGUCAGAUGACAACACAGACGCAUUGCGACAGCUAUCCGAGACAUGUUUCAGCCUGCAAGCACAGGUGGCAGAACUGCAGGGCUGUAUGCAGGAGGUGUUGAAAGCAGUUUCAACAAAAAACCACGCUGAGCCGGUUGGGACCCAGACAGAUAUAACGGCAGUAAUCACUCCGCAGGAAGAACGCUGCACGUGGUUGCGGCGACCGCAGUCUCUGUCGCUGAGCGGUGCCCGCGACCCACCCGUCGUAGUGCCCGUACCGCACAGAGAACACUCAGAAAAAUCAAACGAAACGGCCGCUCUCGGCAUAGAGCGAACCGAGUCCGUUAUAGAAGAGCAGACGGCGGAAACAAACGAAGUGGACGUUGAUCCGAGGGAGCGUGACGUCAUCGCCGACUGAUACAACCAACAAGUAUGUAUCAAAAAUGACUUCUACAUUGAAGUUAAUAGUUUCCAAAUACUAUUAAGGCUAGUUCGGGCAAUGAUACACUCUAAAAUUAUUUAUAAUAAUCUUUCUAUACCGUCAAUUUGUAUCGACUUGUAUAAUUUAUUCCGCAGUGUCAGUUAUUAUUUAUUAGUACCAAUAUAUUUUUAUUAAUUAGUUAUUUAGAAUUACAAUUCGUCACUUGUACAUGUAACUGAAGUACAGUUGUUUGUUACACUUUUAAAGAUCUCGGAGUGAGCCUAUAAGUAUAGUUAAAAGAUAAAGCGUGUUCAUUGUGGAAACUACUGACUACUGAGAUAUUUUGCAGCUCACUAAAUAAUCGGUUUAAGCAAUUGGGUACUUUUCCUUGUCCAACAGUAAGUAUUAGUUCUUUUUAAUGCAAUUAUAUAUUCAAAAUUAAUCACAUUUUGAUUAAUUAAUUUUAUUAUAAUUUUAAAUUAUAUUUUAUUAGAUUUAUCAGCUCGUUAAAAAAGCAUAUGCUAUUUGAUGAAAAACAAAAAUGGCACAUAUAUAAAUAUAUGUAUAAAAGGAUAUUUGUUGAUUUUGACACUAACAAUGAUUGUGAAGUACCCAAUUUCAAAAAAAAGGUAGAAAUUAAUAACAUUAUUUUGUGACAAUCUGCGCCAGCUUUCUUUUAAAGUUAAACAAUAAAAGAGGAUUCGUUGGUAUUGAAAUAAUACAAAUUAAAACUAUUCACAUUAGAAUUAAGGUGUACACUAAAGCAAAGCUUGGUCUGUAAAGUGGGCUUGUUAGGUAAUUAAGAAUAUAUUGUGUAAUUCGAUUAUUAAAUUAUGGUUCAUAAGAAAACGAUGAGAGCAAGCAGAUCUUUCGAAAAUGUUUUAUUAUUAUUACUUUAUUAUUUAUCGUUACUGCCUGUAAACAAUUUUGUUGAAAGAUAUAUUUGCUAUCAAUAAAAAUGGGCACAAUCGCUGAUGUCACGUUGUUAGUGGUAUUAACCAAAGAGUUUGAAGAAAAGGAGUGUUUGAUAUUAUAAAAGACAAAACAAAGAUUAAAAAGAUUUCAUACAAAGACAUUUAAAUUAUAAACAAUCAAGGGAAUUAGACUGCUUGGAAAUUAAUAAUGACAAUUUGUUUUUAAUUUAGAUAUAAGUUGAGGCUUAAGUGUUGAUGUAUGUAAUGUGGUCCUGAAACAGCUGUUAUUAUAUAUGUUCUAGAACACUAGCAAAUAUGAGCUGGAGCAUCAAGUUAAUGUAGGUAAUAAUUUCCGCAGCUAACAUUCAAAAUGCCCUCUUCGAGGUUUACUUUUACACACUUUUUAUAUGUAAAUAUGUCGCAGCCAAUUAGAAUAAUUAGUCUGUAAACCAUUUAGGUAACUGUACAGCCCGUUUCAUAAAUGAAAAAAAGUCUGGCAGCUGUUUAUUUCAGAUGUUAAUACAAUUCCGGUAAGAGUUGAAGUUUUGAUCCCAAUCCCUUCACAUAUAAAUUUUUUAUGGCAAACGAGCAGACGGAUUUUCUGAUGAUGCGUAAUAAAGGUAUCGGAUGUUUAAGGAUUAGGAAGGGACGGGGGAAGAGGAGAGAUUGGGCCUACGGUAACCUAAUACGGCGAAACACAACCCUGUCGUUGUUUCACGCCGGUUUUAUGUGAAGCCGUGGUAUCACUCCGGUCGAACGAACCUAUUCGUGCCGAAGCUUGGCUCUCACACUUGACACACUAGUGUGUCGAUCCUGGGUUACAGGAACAACAGCGUUUCCGCGGGGUUAAAGAUAACACUUAAAUUUACGGAAUGAAAUAUUCAGCUAUUCAAACAAACAAUUUGCUAGUCAUCGAGGCCGAUAGUCAAAUGGUUAAUUUAGUCGUUUGGUUGCGACAUAUACACAAUUACUGCACAAUUCCGAUUAGAUGGGACAGCUAGAUUUCUCCAAUUUGCUGACAACCUUGCCGAUGGUUGAUUACUUUUUAAGUGAUGUACCUAAUGUUAUUUACUUUAAUAUAAAUAAGUCACAAAAAAUGGGCAGGUAACUUUUUCAUAUUAUUUUUAUAGUAACGACGGUUUAUUGCACUCUUGUUA